CUGCAGGCUGUGUGUGUCCCGCAAGCAGACAGACAGACAGACAGACAGACAGACAGCAUGGACCAGCGGUACCGACUACCAGUGACGUUUAUUCUUCUGUUUGGAGCUCUGCAAUGUGCAAGUGGAGCCAUGAUCAUAGGAGGCUGGGAAGCGAAGCCCCACUCCAGGCCCUACAUGGUGUCCGUGCAGCAGAAUGGGUCCCAUCACUGUGGGGGGUUCCUGGUGGCUGAUCAGUGGGUGGUCAGCGCAGCACACUGCUACACAGCACAGUCCACUCCUUACAAAGUGCUGCUCGGGGCCCAUUCUUUGAGUGACAGCGAGUCGACCAAGCAGACAUUCGGUGUGGCUUCCAUUCAAUCUCAUCCAGACUUCAAUAUUGAAAUAAACUAUGACAAUGACAUCACACUGCUGAAGCUGGACGGGCGCGUCUCACUGACCAAGGCUGUUCAGAAGAUCUCGUACCAGCGAGUGAGGGGAGUAGUGCCGCAGGGGACCGUGUGCAGCACGGCUGGUUGGGGCUGGGUCAAAAACGUGGGGCUAAUGCCGGACAAGCUGCAGGAGGUCAACGUGAACGUCAUCGGCCGCGAGAAGUGCUCCAGCUGGCGAUACCACGGCAGCAGGAUCACGGGUAACAUGAUGUGCGCGGGGGACCGCGGUAAAGACAGCUGCCAUGGUGAUUCUGGAGGCCCCCUCUUGUGCAAUGGGCUGGUGGAGGGCAUCACUUCCUUCGGAGGGAAUAAGUGUGGGAAACCCCUGAAACCUGGAGUGUACACCGUGAUCUCUCACUACACGGACUGGAUCGACGCAGUGAUGAAUCAGGGGUCUAAGUACUGACCUGUGAUCCACUGACCAAUUCAAAUGGCUUGCUCCUGCGUGCACUCGAAAAAAUAAUCUUGCCACACUGUGCAUUUCCUAUGCUUUCCUACGUUGUUUACCAUGAUGUACUAUUAGACAAUGCAGUAAGAAGGCUGUCUUUGAUGUAAUGGGGUCUAUUUUAAUGAUCUUACUAAACUAGAUCACAGACCUGCUUUUUAAAUGUAAUUGCAUUUAAUGAUGUUAUAGAGGGGGGGGGGGGGGAGGGCAAUCAGUCCGCUAGCUGGAUAACAGAGAGUUAACAAGAUCACUGAAUCAAAUGUAACAAAGGCCAUCAGCAAAGAUUGAAGACAAGGAACUUCAGUUUCAGCACGGUAGCGCACUUUGUAUACACUGUUGAAGUUCACACAGUACCUAUUUGUUCUGUCCACACAGGUCUCCGCACAGGCUUCACACAGACAGCCUGUUUAAAUACCUGCCUGACAAUCAUUAAAUAUUAGAGCCAGGUGACUCUCAUCCUGGCUCCCUCCCGUGGCAUUCUGGGGAAGGUAGUGCCCCUCACUACCUCUCCUCCCCCUACACAAAAUAGACCCUAAUACCCCCAAACAGCCUGAAAGCAAAGAUAACAAGUAUGUUUUAUAUAAAAAACACAUAUUUAAAUAAAGCUAGCAUGCAUUUACA